AUGGAGCAGGUGAAGGUUGCGUUGCGUGUGAGGCCGCUCUUGCCAACAGAGAGAGAGCGCGGCGAGGACGCCAAUAUUUCGGUGCUUCCGGGUGGAACGAAUGUUCGGGUUGUUACUCGUGUGAACCGUGGCACUCAAAAUCAGUUGCAUACUUUUGAAAUGGAUUAUUGCCUUGGUCCAGAGGUGAAUCAGCAGGGCGUCUUUGUUGGAUUAGGGAUUGCGGAUAUGUGUGAUGCGGUUUUUGAGGGAAAGGCUGCCACUGUGCUGUGCUUUGGACAAACAGGUAGCGGUAAAACUUACACCAUGAGUGGACAAGCCGAGUUAGAGGAUACUGGACAAAUGACACGGGACGGGAUUCAGUUUGCUGCAGCACGAUAUAUAGCCACAAUGCGUGAUAGACUUAUGACUGUUAACGGUGACGCAUCAAUGACAAUUAAAUUAAAGGUUUCUUACCUGGAAUUAUUCAACGAACGCAUCAACGACCUCUUGAAUGGGAGUGAAGGACUUAGGUGCCGUUGGUCAAGAGACGCCAACAGUUUCUUUGUAGAAGACCUGAUGCUUGUGGAGUGCCUGAACGCUGAUGACUUUAUUUUGGCUCUACAGGAGGGACUGUUUAGACGGAAGCGGGCCGAACACUUUUUGAACGCCGAUAGCAGUCGCUCGCAUGUGCUCUUCACGGUUUACGUAGAAGUUUCAGAGGGGGAUGGACCCACUCGUCAUGGCAAAAUCACUUUUGUGGACCUUGCUGGGUCGGAACGUCUGAGGGACACAGGCAGCCAAGGUGAUGACAGCAAAUCCAUUAAUCGCUCUCUUUUUGUUCUUGGGAACGUUAUUGAAAAGCUUUCCAAAUGCCACCCACUGAGUCGGAAAGAUCAUAUUCCUUAUCGCUCGAGCGUGUUGACGCAGUUGCUGAUGGAUACUCUUGAGGGGGGCUGUCGGACUCUCCUGGUGGCAUGUGUGACACCUUCCUCCCGGUUUGUAGAAGAGUCGCUGCGCACAAUCCAUUUUGUUCAGCGGGCGCGAAAGAUUCGGUCACGGCCGGUGGAGCGUGUUGACGCAACGCAGCAGGAAAUUUACGAUUUGAAAAUGGAAAUCCGUCAAUUGCAGAAUGAAAAUGCUCUUCUUCGGCGUGCUUUAAGCUUGUCUGAAACGGGUGCUGUUGACCAGAUUCUUAUUCAAAAAUUCAAACAAAAAAAACCUGAGGUGACGGUGACAUCUACCCCUGCGCCUGCAAAGAACGCAAAAAAUACUUCAAUUAGUGACAAUCCGCUCUUGAAGAACGCCACCCGCCGCGAAGAAAUGUCGCAUGUGCACAGCAACAGAGAAUCCGUACAGCGCCCAACGCCGUUGGGCAUUCUUGAUCGUCUUCCAAGCACAUGCGACCUUGCGGCACGACCACGACUUCUGCCGCCGGAGAUGAGGCACUCACCGUCGUCAAUGGUGUCCUCGUCAGCGGCAAUAUCCGCUGAAUUUGGGUUUCGCGCGGUGCCAAAAAAAAGCAAUCUCUUAUUUUGGACGUGA